AUGCCGCUUGUCGCACAGAACCCCCAACCGCGAGUCAUCCUUGGCUUGAUGACCUUUGGCCCGACCGAGUCCAAGGGUGCCCGCAUCACCUCCCUUGAUGAAUACAACAAAUGCCUAGAUUACUUCCAGCAGCAAGGUUUCAACGAAGUCGAUACCGCGCGAGUCUAUGUCGGUGGAGAGCAGGAGGCAUUCACGGCCAAGGCAAACUGGAAGGAGCGUGGCCUGACGCUUGCGACAAAAUGGUAUCCACAGGAAGCCGGUGCGCACAAGCCUGCUGUGGUGCGAGAGAAGCUCGAGCAGUCUUUGAAGGAAUUGAAUACCAAUCAGGUCGACAUCUUCUACCUGCAUGCGCCGGAUCGCUCAGUCCCCUUUGCUGAGACUCUGGAGGCGGUUAAUGAGCUACACAAGGAGGGCAAGUUUGUCCAGUUCGGUCUGAGCAACUAUACUGCUUUUGAAGUUGCCGAGAUCGUCAUUACCUGUGCUGAGAGGGGCUGGGUGCGGCCUACGAUCUUCCAGGCCAUGUAUAACGCUAUCACCCGCAAUAUCGAGACUGAACUGGUCCCCGUCUGCCGCCGUUACGGCCUUGACAUCGUCAUUUACAACCCCCUUGCCGGAGGCUUAUUCUCUGGAAAGUACAAGUCCAAGGACAUUCCUGCAGAGGGAAGAUAUAGCGACAAGGGAAAUACGGGAACUAACUACCGCAGCCGGUACUUCCGAGAUGCGAACUUUGAAGCCCUGAGCAUUAUUGAGCCUGUUGUCGAGAAGCAUGGCCUGACGUUGAUUGAGACUGCUUUGCGGUGGGUACGUCACCACUCCGCCCUGAAUAUGGACAACGGGGGCCGCGAUGGUGUCUUGGUUGGAGUUAGCAGCUUUGGUCAGCUUGAGACGAACCUCAAGGACCUACAGAAGGGACCCCUGCCAGAUGAGGUUGUGGAGGUUUUGGACAAGGCCUGGAUGAUUGCCAAGCCUUAUUCUGCAAACUACUGGCAUCUGGACUUGAAGUAUACCUAUAACACUCAGGAAGCCUUGUUCAAGCCCAAGAAGGUCUAA